UCUGCAUUUCAGUGUUUCUCUAACCAGACGAAUGUACAGUUCAAGGCCAAGUUCAAAUUUACUGUGUUUAACUCAAGAAAUGAGGAAAUCCCAACGACCGUCUAUACAGGAACCCAACAGGCACGUCUUUAUUUUUUAGAUUCACUUCAUGGAUAUUUCGAGUAUAUACGAAGGGAUCUCCUAAUCAGUCAUGUACAUCCGUCGGAUGAAUUGCAAUUGGUGCUUAAUAUGACGGUUACUUUCGAUACGGUAACGAGAACUAGUCAAGCGCCGAAAACUCUCGGCCCACCUGAACCAAAACCAGCUGAGGUAACGAAGGAUCUCGAAUCAAUAUUCAAGGACGCAAAAUUGUCCGAUUUCACCAUUGUUGUAGGCGAUAAAGAAAUCCCUGUUCAUAAGGUAGUCCUUUCGGCACGAUCUCCCGUGUUUGCGGCCAUGUUAGAGCCUCAUACGGAGGAAGCAAAGACGAAUCGGGUUGUUCUUGAAGAUAUAGAUUACGAGGUAAUGCAUGAAUUAUUGAUGUACAUGUACUCUGGCCGUUCACCAAAUAUUCAACAAAUGGGCUUGGAAUUGCUAGCUGCUGCUGAUCGGUUCCAAUUACCCGGGCUGAAAGAUAUGGCUGAUCAUGUCUUAAGGAGUGGUUUAAUCGUUGAUACAGCAUGCAAGUUUCUCGUCUACGCCGAUAUGUAUAACUCAGCUGAGCUGAAAAAUGAGGCAGUGAAGUUUAUUGCUCAAAAUAUCAACAGCGUUAUUCAGACGGACACCUGGGCAGAACUAACUCGGGAUCACGGUUGCCUCGUGACGGAAAUCGUCGCGCAUAUGUCCAGUGAACGGAAACCGUGUAUAGGGAGUGUGAGCAGUGCUGCGAACAGUCUCCAUGGAGUCUCAUUGAGCUCUUCCAUGUCAGGAAUCGAACCACCUAGUAAACGUAUACGUCUGCUGACACAUGAAUAG